GCGGAAGUGAUCCUCACUGCUGAAACCUACAACUCCCCCUUUGGUUGAACCGCAGUGUUUUCAGAUUCGCAUCCGCACUUAAGAGGAAGAAAACUAUUUUAACAAGUCAUGAUGCAGCUUUAUGGAACUGUGAUCCUGUUCAUGACUCUGUCUACAGCAUGUGGACUAAGAUGCUACACAUGCACAGCCUCCGACCCUAAAUCUUGCACAGACACCAAAGCUUGUCCUGUCAUCUUCAACCGCUGUUUUUCUCUCAGAGUAGAUGGUUACAACAUGGUUACCAAAGGCUGCCAAAGCAGUAUAGCAUGUGGUGGUGCCAUAGCUUGCUGUGAAGGGGACUUGUGUAACAAUGCCAUAUCAGCUGGUCCCAGUGUCAUCCUCCUGCUGGCAUCCUCAGCCAUCAUCACACUGUUUCUCUGAAUCUCUGGGACAACAACAGCAGAGAAUAUUUUGUUAUUUUAAAACUGUGCUUUUUUUGACUCAGUUUAUACAAAGAAUAAACAACUUUUCAGUGUGAAAAGAUGUGAAUUAAUAGUGUCCCCAGUAUCUACACCAACUACA